AUGUACGUUUUAAACCUUUUCUGUCUGAUCAUAGUGGAAGCCAGUUUAUCUCAACAAUACUGCACCAGCUAUCCGCACCGCUUGGCCAAGCUUCCGUUGCCUCCGGCGCUUCAUUCUUACCUGGCCUAUCGUGAACUUUGGCCAAGCCUAGAGCGCCACUCUGUGCCCGCCUACCGACGGCGUAAUAAGCUCCAACCAUUUGUUGAUCCCAAUGACCUCGCAUUUUGGUGA